GUUCAUGGUUGACUCGGGCCUGGUUGGCUGCUCCUGGGUGGAGGUGCCCGGGGGGCAGCUCCGGUUGCGGGGCGCCCCCCCCGCCGUGCCCCCCAUGUCCCGGUGCCAGCUGGAGGCCGACGCCGCCUGGGGGGGGCUCCGGUGCCACCCCCCCGAGGGGCAGUGGCUGGGGCUGCCCCCACUGCGCAUCCUCAGCGUGGACAUCGAGUGCGAGGGGCGCAAGGGGAUCUUCCCGGAGGCGGAGCAGGACGCGGUGAUCCAGGUGGGGGUCGCGGUGCAGCGCCAGGGCGAGGCCGAGCCCUUCCUGCGCCUGGUGCUGGUGCUGGGCUCCUGCGCCCCCAUCUCCGGCGCCGCCGUCAUCAGCUUCCAGCGCGAGCGCGACCUCCUCCAGUCCUGGGCUGAGUUCGUGCGGAUCGUGGACCCCGAUAUCAUCACCGGUUACAACAUCCAGAACUUCGACCUGCCCUACCUGCUGCAGCGCGCGAAGGUCCUCCAGGUGGAGUCGUUCCCGUUCCUGGGCCGCAUCCGGGGCCGGCGCUCGGAGCUGCGCGAGGCCGCGUUCCAGUCCCGGCAGCUGGGGCGCAGGGAGGGCAGGGCCCUGAGCGCGCCCGGCAGGGUCGUCAUGGACCUGCUGCAGGUGCUGCUCCGGGAGCACAAGCUGCGCUCGUACUCGCUCAACGCCGUCAGCUCCCACUUCCUGCAGGAGCAGAAGGAGGACGUGCCCCAUAGCAUCAUCACCGACCUACAUCGCGGCUCAGCUCAGAGCCGCCGCCGCUUGGCCCUUUACUGCCUCAAGGACGCGGUGCUGCCCCUGCGGCUGCUGCAGCGCCUGCGGCUGCUGCCGGGCCAGGCCGAGCUGGCGCGGGUCUGCGGGGUCCCGCUCAGCACCAUCCUGAGCCGCGGGCAGCAGGCCAAGGUGGCGGCGCAGCUCCUGCGCCAGGCCAUGAGCGAGGGGUUGCUGAUGCCGGUGGUGAAGGCCGAGGGGGGCGAGGACUACGAAGGGGCCACCGUGAUUGAGCCCCUCAAGGGGUACUACGACGUGCCCAUCGUGACGCUGGACUUCUGCUCUCUGUACCCGUCCAUCAUGAUGGCGCACAACCUGUGCUACAGCACCCUGCUGCCGCCGGGGGGCGUGCAGCGCUUCGGGCUGGGCCCCACUGAUUACAUCCGGACGCCCUCGGGGGAGCUCUUUGUCACUUCCAAGGUGCGCCGGGGGCUGCUCCCAAAGGUGCUGGAGGGGCUGCUGGAGGCUCGGAGCAGGGUGAAGCAGGCGCUGGCGCAGGAGCAGGACGCGGCGCGGUGCCAGGUGCUGCAGGGCCGCCAGGGGGCGCUCAAGGUCAGCGCCAACUCCGUGUACGGCUUCACCGGGGCGCAGGCGGGGCGGCUGCCGUGCCUGGAGGUCAGCCAGAGCGUGACGGCCUUCGGGCGCCAGAUGAUCGAGCGCACGAAGCAGCUGGUGGAGGCCCGGUACUGCCUGGCCCAGGGCUUCCCGGCCGAUGCCAAG